GUAAUACAGAUACGGGCUAGGGCUUGCUAUAUAUCAUUGUUGUUGCUGUUGCCCAUCCACCGCAACAUGCCGGAGUGAACCGGGGCUUUCCGCCAUAUUUAGUACACUAAAUACCUAAAAGCAUUAAGAAAGCACAACCGUGCUUCUUGGGGCGAUGAGGUGGUACCCAUGGGUCUGAGGAACAGUUUGUUGCCAUAGCUGGACAGCACCACAGCCUCGUCAUCGUUCCCCGCCGUGGCACGGUUUCAGCGCCUUAGUCAAACCCCCCUGCAUCGCCUCUAUCAAAACCCAUACACUGCCCGUAAAAUGGCCGCUUGCGGUCUCUACCGCACCAGAACUUCGUCGGCGUAUGUGGGAAGGCUUUGGCAGCGGGCCUUUGCCUCGGCAUCCGGCGCUGCAGGGGCGGGCCAACCCCAGGACGAAGAUGGAGCGCGCAAGCGCAUCAUCUUCCUCGGCACUCCGCAGGUGGCGGCCCUUGUUCUGGAGCAGCUGCUGAGUGCAGCCGCGGCUCCAGGCAGCAACUUCGAGGUCGCAGCGGUUGUCACACGACCCAGCGGCCGACCCGCGGGUCCCUCCAGCCCUAGCGCCCAAGCCGCGCUAGCACCAGGCGACACACCACAUCACCAGCAGCUGCAGGGGGCCACCGCAGGGUUGCCGCCACCGCCAUCGCCUUCAUCCCCCAGCAGUUCCUCACGUCGGAAAGCUGUGGAGCCGUCAGCAGUGGAGCAGCUCGCCCGACAGUGCGGCCUGCCACCUGACCGCAUCCUCUGCCCCGCUAGCGCACGAGAGCCUGCUUUCCUGGACGCCGUACGGCACCUGCGUCCCUCGCUCGCCAUCACCGCCGCGUACGGCUGCAUGCUGCCGCAGUCCUUCCUGGACAUCCCGCGCUACGGCACCCUCAACAUCCACCCCAGCCUGCUGCCCAGGUAUCGCGGUCCCGCCCCCGUGCAGCGCGCGCUACAAGACGGCUGCAGCGCCACCGGCGUGAGCCUGGUGUUCUCUGUGCUGCGCUGCGACGCGGGCCCGCUGCUGGAGCAGCAGCAGGUGGCGGUGCCGCCCGACGUGCAGGCGCCGCAGCUCACGGAGCAGCUGUUCCGGCGGGGCGCGGAGAUGCUGCUGCGGCAGCUGCCGCGGGUGCUGUCUGGGGAGGUGGGGGCGGCGCAGGCGGCCCCGCAGGAUGAGGCGGCUGCGACGUACGCGCCCAAGGUUGUGAAGCAGGAGGCGCAGCUGGACCUCAGUUUGCCGGCGCUGGCGGUUCACAACCACGUACGGGCGCUGGCGGACUGGCCGGGCAGCCGCUGCACUCUGAUGCUGGAGGCGAGGGAAACGGGUGCUCUCCAGCCCCUAGAGGUGCGGCUGCUGCGUACUCGUGUGGUGCCGCCGCCGCUGCAAGCCAGCUGGACCCCCCGCGGAGCCCUGCCGCCGGGCACCCGCGCGCAGGUGCUGGUUAGCCCGGCGGGCGAGCUGCUGGUCCCCUGUGGCGACGGCAACAUGCUGCAGGUGCUGGAGGUGGGUCGCAAAGCUGGCGGCGUCGGCGCCCCGUCCUCCUCCUCUUCGUCCCCUCGCCCCUCCGCCAAAUCCCUAACACCGAGGGAGUUCAUCGCGGGCCUCAGCAAGCGCCGCGUCUUCGUGCC